UCGCUCCCCCCCUCUCUCUCUCUCUCAUACAUCACAUUUCUCCUGUGUAGAUCCUUCCAUGUCCCUCCAGAUCUAAUCUCAGCCGUACAUAUACCAUCACAAACCCCGUCCCGACCAUCCAAUGGCCUUGAUCUUCCCAGAAGAAGUCCUUGAGCACAUCUUCUCCUUCAUCGUCUCCGACAAGGAUCGGAACGCCGUCUCCCUCGUCUGCAAGUCUUGGUACCAGAUCGACCGGUGCUGCCGGCAUCGGAUCUUCAUCGGCAACUGCUACGCUGCCAGCCCUAGUGUCUUGAUCCGACGGUUCCCAGAGAUCCGCUCCGUUUCCUUGAAAGGGAAGCCGCAUUUCGCGGACUUCAACCUGGUGCCGUCCGAUUGGGGAGGGAGUGUGGGCCCAUGGAUAGAGGCCAUGGCAGAGGCCUACCCCUGUCUGGAGGAGCUGAGGCUGAAACGGAUGGUCGUGACGGACGAUAACUUGGAAUUGCUUUCUCGCGCCUUCAAGAAUUUUAGGGUUCUGGUUUUGGUCUCCUGCGAGGGUUUCACCACCAACGGUCUUGCCGCUGUCGCCGCCAAUUGCAGGAACCUGAGGGAGCUCGAUCUACAAGAGAAUGAUGUGGAUGAUUCGAGCGGACACUGGCUCAGUCAAUUCCCCGAGUCAUGCACAUCGCUGGUGUCCCUCAACAUUGCCUGCCUGGAAGGGGAGGUGAACUUCUCCGUUCUGGAGCGCCUGGUGGCAAGGUGCCCCAAUCUCAAGACCCUCAGGCUCAACCACGCUGUGCCCCUCGACAAGCUGGCCAACGUCCUUCGACAGGCGCCGCAGCUGGUCGAUUUGGGCACUGGUGCCUUCUCUGCAGAACCUCGACCGGAGCUCUACUUGAAGCUGGCAAGUGCCUUCGAGGGAUGCAAGCAGCUAAAGAGCCUGUCUGGGUUCUGGUCGGUGGUCCCCACUUAUCUUCCGGCCAUCUAUUCUAUCUGUGCAGGGAUCACAUCGUUGAAUUUGAGCUAUGCCUCUGUACAAGGCCCUGAUCUCAUCAAGCUUGUUAGUCAGUGCCGAAGUCUACAGCGCUUAUGGGUGCUGGAUUACAUCGAAGACAACGGCUUAGAUGUUGUGGCUGCAUCGUGCAAGGACUUGCGGGAGCUCCGAGUUUUCCCAUCAGAUCCAUACGGUGGUGCCGGGCAGCCAGUCUCACUUACAGAGCAGGGCCUUGUUGCUGUCUCUGCUGGCUGCCCUGUGCUCAACUCUGUCCUCUACUUCUGCCGCCAGAUGUCCAAUGCCGCCCUUCUCACUGUUGCUCGCAACCGCCCCAACCUGACCCGUUUCCGGCUCUGCAUCAUUGAGCCCCAGAUGCCCGACUAUCUCACCCAACAGCCACUCGACAUUGGCUUUGGUGCCAUUGUCAAGUCCUGCAAGGACCUCCGGCGCCUCUCCAUGUCUGGCCUCCUCACUGAUCGCGUAUUUGAGUACAUUGGGGUCCAUGCCAAGCAACUCGAGAUGCUAUCAGUGGCGUUUGCUGGGGAGAGCGACCUGGGCCUCCACCACGUGCUGUCUGGGUGCAAGAGCCUCCGGAAGCUGGAGAUUAGGGACUGCCCCUUUGGUGACAAGGCCCUCAUAGCCAACGCUGCGAAGUUUGAGACAAUGCGAUCCCUUUGGAUGUCAUCAUGCUCUGUGAGCUUUGGGGCAUGCAAGCUGUUGGCGGAAAAGAUGCCCCGUCUCAAUGUCGAGGUCAUCGAUGAGAGCGGACAGCCCGACUCACAGCCUGAGAGCUGCCCCGUUGAGAAGAUCUACGUCUACAGGACAAUUGCAGGGCCCAGGUCGGACAUGCCGGACUUUGUUCGGACCAUGUAGCACAUGGCACACCUGCAACAUGGGCAGAGGCAGGUACGGGCUCUAUUUUUCGAUUUCUCAUUUAUCUUUAAUUUUCCAAAAGAUAAUCCUAAUGCAGUGACGAUUAACGGAUUGAUUGGGCCUGAUGGGAAUCAUUAGAAUGUGCUUUUGAAAUGCAUUCGCUUUUUAUCGCGUGGUGGGACAGGACGGGGACAUGGAUUAGUAGUUAAUAAAGAAAUGAGACGCGUCGGAUUCGAAGAUUUGUGGCAGAGAUAGAGAGAGAUUAGUAGAGAGAGAGAUCAGUUUGUUAGCACUGGAUUCAUGUAUAUUGGCCUCUGAUAUGCGGAUUUUCCCUUUUCUUCUCUAGUAAUUAAUAUGUAUUUGUAA